UGUCAAAACUAUGAAACGUCAAAAUAUUCCAUAAUUUUGUUAUUAAAAAAUGUUAAUUUUCAAGUAAUUUAGUUAAGAUGUCUGAUACAAAUUCAAAUUUAAAUGAUUGUAUGAGUGAUACCGAGUCAUCUGAGGAUGAAAUUGAACCAAAAUUGAAAUAUAUACGAUUAUCAAAUGAUUUACAAAGCAUAUUACUUAAAACAUCAGCUACAUGUAUAGCCGUCCAUCCAAAAUUUGUUUGUUUGGGUUCACAUUGGGGUGUAAUACACAUUUUAGACCACCAAGGUAACUGCAUUAAAGGUGUAGAUCUAAAAUCACAUACCGUCAGCAUAAACCAAAUUUCAAUUGACACCAGCGGAGAAUUCAUUGCAACAUGUUCAGAUGAUGGUAAAGUCUAUGUACAUGGUCUGUUCUCCAAAGAUAACAACAUACAGCUUAACUUGGGACGACUAGUCAAAACAGUAUCUGUAGACCCAUACUAUUUUAAACACAGCUCAAAUAAAAGAUUCAUAACAGGCGAUGACAAACUAACUUUGUAUGAAAAAUCGUUUUUGGGUUCUCUUAAGUCAACAAUUCUCUGUGAAAGCGAAGGUCUGGUUAAAAGUCUCUCUUGGGGAGAUAAUUUUCUAGCCUGGUCUAGCAAUAUUGGUGUUAGAGUCUAUGAUAUGACAGCUAGAUGCUCUUUGGGGCUUAUUAAGUGGGAUGAAAAUAGUGGGAUACCUAUAGAUAAGUUCAGGUGUAAUUUACGAUGGGCCGACAGCCGUACUUUACUUAUCGGUUGGGUCGAUACAGUUAGAGUGUGUGUUAUACGUAAAAGAAGCAAUAUUGAGUUGGCCAAUAGGGAUUUGCCUGAAUAUUUGGUAGAUCCGGUUUCGACUUUUCAAACGGAGUUUUUUAUUAGUGGGAUAGCACCUUUAGAUCAUCAGUUGGUAAUAUUAGGUUUUUCGAAAAUAUUGGAUGAAAAUCAAAAAUCGCUUAGGCCGCAGCUUUACAUUGUUGAAUAUAGAGAUAAUGACUAUACAGAGAUUUGUACAGAUAGUCUGUCUCUAAGAGGUUAUGAAGAAUAUUCCGCAAAUGACUACCAUUUGGAAGUGUUGAGUGAGGAAAAUAGGUUUUUUAUUGUAGCUCCAAAAGAUGUUGUUAUAGCAAGUCCUUAUGAUUUGGAUGACAGAAUACAAUGGUUUAUUCAACAUAAUAAAUUUGAAGAAGCUUUGGAGAUAUUUGUACAUAAUGACACCAGAGACAUACAUAGGUACACAGUGCAAUCUGUUGGUAUAGAAUUUUUGGAUCAUUUACUGAGCAGGGGAAUGUAUGACAGUGCUGGAAGAUUGGGCUUAAAAAUUUUCGGAAAAAGUCCGUCACUGUGGGAAGAUCAAAUAUACAAAUUUGCUAGUGUACACCAACUAAGAUCUGUAAGCCCAUACAUUCCAAGAACGUUGGAUUCAAAAUUAAACCCUCAUAUAUACGAAAUGAUUCUCUAUGAAUACCUUAAACUUGAUCCACUGGGUUUUCUAAACUUAGUCAAAGAGUGGAACUCGGGUUUAUACAACAUUUGCGCCGUUAUAAAUGCUGUUUUGGAGCAUUUAUUAAACUGCGAGACCGACAAUAAUGUUUAUCUUGAAGCCCUUGCUAUUUUGUACAGCUACGAAAAACGCUACGACAAAUCACUAUCAAUGUAUCUAAAGUUAAAACACAAAGAUGUAUUUACACUAAUACAAAAACAUAAUUUGUACGGGGUGAUUCAGGAUAUGCUUAUAGAUUUAAUGGAGUUGGAUCACAAGAAGGCCAUAGCCUUGUUGUUGGAGAAAAAUACUAUUUCGUCCGAUGUUAUCGUGGACAAAUUAAAGGACCAUAGGAUACAUUUAUUUAGGUAUUUGGAUGCCUUUGACAAAAAAAACGUCACUGGCAAGUACCAUAAGGAAUUGGUUAAGCUGUAUUCUCUAUUUGAUAGGGAAAAAUUGUUGCCGUUUUUGAAAAAAUCAAAUCAUUAUCCAAUUCAAGAAGCACUGGAUAUUUGUCAGGAAGAAAAAUAUUAUCCUGAAAUGGUAUUUUUGCUGGGCAGAAUUGGCGAUACAAAGGAAGCUUUGGAACUGAUAAUCAACCAGCUAAAAGACAUGCAACAUGCGAUAUCUUUUUGCCAAGAACACGACGACCCCGACCUAUGGAACGACCUCAUUAACCAUUGCGUGGACAAACCUGAGUUCAUAACGUUUUUACUGAAGAGCAUAGGAACUUACGUGGACCCCACAGUCUUGGUGGAAAAAAUAAAGAACGACAUGAAAAUUCCUGGUUUAAAAAAUUCCCUGGUCACAAUGUUGAACCAGUACAAUUUGCAAGUGUCCGUCCAGGACGGCUGCAAGAAGAUUCUUGUCGCCGAUUAUUUUAAUUUGCAAAAAAAAUUGGUUUGUUCGCAACAAAGGGGCAUUUCCGUGAACGAGGAAGUAGUUUGUGGGGCCUGUCAUCGCCCAUUAAUAGAUUACACUAGACUGAAAAAUGUAAUGAUGUUCAACUGUCGACAUGCUUUUCAUGCAUAUUGUCUUAAAGAUAGAACAAACUGUGGAAUUUGUUACCCUCCUGAUGCAAAAUAAGUGUGAAAAUCGCGAUUCACCCAUGACGUCAUGUCGGAACCCGCCUCGUAACCACAAUUAAAAUGUGAUGAGAUGUGAACCAAAAAUUUAUAAUGGUUCGCUUUAAUUUUUUCGUUCAACAUAUCUUCCAACUCUUGAACUUGUUUACUCAACAAUGCUUCGCGUGCCGAUUGCUUAUCUUCAGUUUUGGCAACAUCUAAAAGACUUACCUAUAUGUAGACAAAAUUAAACUGUGAGGGGUUAUAUUUGAUUUACAUUCUUUUAUUUUUUUGCACGUUUCCAAUAAUUGUUUUUCGAACGUAUCACAGUCAGGUACGAAAUUUCUCGGUACUUUCCCUUCAGCCCAUUGGAUAUCCAGAACUAGGCCCCCUACUGCGUUUAGAGUCCCCACUUGUUUGCAAAGUGGGAUCUGGUCUAUUGAACAUAUUAUCAAGUUCUCUCUGAAUGUUAGUUUUUGCACUACUGUAUCAUCUACAAACAUUUUUAUUAUUAGGAAUGUCGAGAAAAAAUCCGUUUCAAUGAUAUGUCGCACCAUAUACUUCGCACGAUGUUACUAUUCUUGUUGCUAUGUUACUAUAAUGGUAAAGUAUAUGUUGCGGGGUUUCAAAUAACAGGGUUUUUAUGCUUAAUGCAAAUUUUAUGUUGAGUCGAAAAAUUUGUAAAUAAAUAAUACAGUUAAUGUUAAAGCCUUAUAUUAUAAUAAUUAACUAUUUAAUGUGCUUUAUAUUUUAGCUACAUAUGUAUUGCAUGUUUUUUUAUCUAUUACGGACAAAUUUGUAUAUAAUAUAUUAAUUAUUAAGCAAAAAGUGAUAUGUACUAUGUAAUUUUAUUUUUAUUUUUUGUUACUGCCUGUAAUACUAUUAAUAAACACCAUAUAUCCAAGAAUUAAGCGUUUUUUUAACUAUAAAAAAUACCUAAAAAAAAUUCUGGGAUAUAAUCCAUAAUUUCGAACAGAAAAUUUUGGUUGUGCUCUGAUUCAAGCUGCCUGUAUCUUUCCCUCCAAGCAGUUUGCUUUUCAACCUUCCAUAUUAAUUCCUCCAAAAAUUCCCUUACAAAUUUUUGGGAGGGACUUUCACUGGGAGGGAUAUAUUCCUCCACAUCAUUCACUUGUUGGUUCUGUAAAUAAGCUAAAAUAAUGUUUUCGAACGGAAACUCAUCCUGUAUGUCCAAAGGAGUGUCCAUUUUAUAAAAGUUUAAUGUAAAAAUUAGUAAAUUUGGUUUAAUAUUGACAAAAAUGUCAUGUAACUUUGUAAAUACGAGGUGUGUUCAGAAAAUAUCGGGAAUUUUAGUUUCUUGAAACGAAUAUUUAUUUAUUCGCCUACAUUAAUGUUGUCGCCUUCAAAAUAGUCCCUAUUGGAUAUUAUGCACAUGUGCCAGCUCUUCUUCCAAUACUCGAAACACUUCUAAAACUCGAUCUUUAGUUCUUUCAGCGAUGCGCUUUUAAUGUCAUCUAUGCUUGCAAAACGACGGCCCUUUAAGGUUCUCUUUAUUUUUGGGAAUAUGAAAAAGUCAGACAGAGGCAUGUCUGGCGAAUAUGGAGGCUGGGGCAUCAUUACAGUAUUGUUUUUAGCCAAAAAUUUUGUUCAAAAUUUAACAAUUUUAGAACAAAUUUUUCUGCCACGCGUUUCAUACCCAAAACAUUCGAA